UGGAAUCCUGCCAUGGAGGGAUCCAGCGAGCCGGUGCUGGAUGCCAACUCCAAAGUAACCGACCAGCUUACAGAUUUUCAGUGGAAACUCGGUAUGGCUGUGAGCUCGGACAGUUGCAGGUCUCUUAAGCACCCUUAUGUUGCAGUGAUGCUGAAAAUAGCAGAUCAUGCAGGCCACGUAAAGAGCAAAUCCUUUGAAAUGACAAUUCCACAGUUUCAGAAUUUCUACAGACAGUUCAAGGAAAUUGCAGCAGUUAUUGAGACUGUGUGAAAACUGAUUAUCUCAUGGAUAAAUUGCCAUCAUCAUCCUAAAGUCAUGGACUUCACUUGCUGCAACAACUGCAUAAGAUUCAAGUCAUAUUUAUUGAACAAAUAUUGCACUUUUGUUCCUUUUUUUAAAUAAUAAAAAAAAUCAG